CUUCCUGAAACCGGAUCUUGGUGUCGGAGCCGCCCCCAGGCAGGGCAGGCGCCUCAGCCAUGGCCCUGCGCAAGGAGCUGCUCAAGUCCAUCUGGUACGCCUUCACUGCCUUGGACGUGGAGAAGAGCGGCAAGGUCUCCAAGUCCCAGCUCAAGGUGCUGUCCCACAACCUAUACACGGUCCUACACAUCCCCCAUGACCCUGUGGCCCUGGAGGAGCACUUCCGAGAUGACGACGACGGCCCAGUGUCCAGCCAGGGCUACAUGCCCUACCUCAACAAGUACAUCCUCGACAAGGUGGAGGAAGGGGCUUUCGUUAAAGAGCACUUUGAUGAGCUGUGCUGGACCCUGACGGCCAAGAAGAACUAUCGAGCGGACAGCAAUGGGAACAGCAUGCUCUCCAAUCAGGAUGCCUUCCGCCUCUGGUGCCUCUUCAACUUCCUGUCUGAAGACAAGUACCCCCUGAUCAUGGUUCCUGAUGAGGUGGAAUACCUGCUGAAGAAGGUGCUUAGCAGCAUGAGCCUGGAGGUGGGCUUGAGUGAGCUGGAGGAGCUGCUGGCCCAGGAGGCCCAGGCAGCCCAGACCACGGGUGGGCUCAGCGUCUGGCAGUUGCUGGAGCUCUUCAACUCUGGCCGCUGCCUACGGGGCGUGGGACGGGACACCCUCAGCAUAGCCAUCCAUGAGGUCUACCAGGAGCUGAUCCAAGACAUCCUGAAGCAGGGCUACCUGUGGAAACGAGGGCACCUGAGGAGGAAUUGGGCAGAACGCUGGUUCCAGCUGCAGCCCAGCUGCCUCUGCUAUUUUGGGAGUGAAGAGUGCAAGGAGAAAAGAGGAACCAUCCCGCUGGAUGCUCACUGCUGCGUGGAGGUGCUGCCCGACCGCGAUGGAAAGCGCUGCAUGUUUUGUGUGAAGACAGCCAGCCGCACCUAUGAGAUGAGCGCCUCCGACACGCGCCAGCGCCAGGAGUGGACGGCUGCCAUCCAGACAGCGAUCAGACUGCAGGCCGAGGGGAAGAUGUCGCUGCAUAAGGACUUGAAGCAGAAGCGACGGGAGCAGCGGGAGCAGCGGGAGCAGCGCCGGGCAGCCAAGGAGGAGGAGCUGCUAAGGCUGCAGCAGUUGCAGGAGGAGAAGGAGCGGAAGCUGCAGGAGCUGGAGCUGCUGCAGGAGGCACAGCGGCAGGCGGAGCGGCUGCUGCAGGAGGAGGAAGAGCGCCGCCGCUGCCAGCACCAGGAGCUGCAGCAGAUGCUGGAGGGCCAGCUGCGGGAGGCUGAGCAGGCCCGGGCCUCCAUGCAGGCUGAGAUGGAGCUAAAGAAGGAAGAGGCUGCCCGGCAGCGGCAGCGCAUUGAGGAGCUGGAAGAGAUGCAGCAGCGGUUGCAGGAGGCCCUGCAACUGGAGGUGAAGGCCCGGCGAGAUGAGGAGGCUGUGCGCCUCGCCCAGACCAGACUGCUGGAGGAGGAGGAGGAGAAGCUGAAGCAGUUGAUGCAGCUGAAGGAGGAGCAGGAGCGCUACAUCGAGCGCGCACAGCAGGAGAAGCAGGAGCUGCAGCAGGAGAUGGCGUUGCAGAGCCGCUCCCUGCAGCAGGCGCAGCUGCAGCUGGAGGAGGUACGGCAGAACCGGCAGAGGGCUGACGAGGACGUGGAGGCUGCCCAGAGGAAGUUGCACCAAGCCAGCACUAACGUGAAACACUGGAAUGUCCAGAUGAACAGGCUCAUGCACCCAAUUGAGCCUGGAGAUAAGCGGCCUGUCACCAGCAGCUCCUUCACAGGCUUCCAGCCCUCUCUACUUGGCCGCGGGGCCUCAUCCCUAAAGCGCCUGACCCGCUGGGGAUCCCAGAGCAGUAGGACCCCCUCCCCCAACCGCAGAGAGCAGCACCAGUCCCUCAAUGGCCGGGAGGAGACUCCUGCCCCGGCUUCCACCUCUCAGGAAGAGAAAUUGGACCCCGCACCAGAAAAUUAGCCUCACCUCAUCUCUUGUUCUUCCCAACAUCAUGUCUACCAGAACCUGGCCGCAGCUGGCCACAGCUGGCCUGUGGACAACGCUGACAUCUGCUAGGGGAGGGCUCUGAGGUCCUGGUGCCAGGAACUCAGCCCUCCAACCGGAAGCUGAUCCAGGAUAGAACAUGGGUCACCUCUUGUGCCAGCUCCUAGGCCCAGUCCACGGAGGGUACGCACGGGUAUGUCGAUACUUAAGGCCCUGUGCUUUAGCUCCAAGGACCCAGUGAGCAGGGCUGAGAAAGGCAGUGAACACGCAGACAAGGGCCACCGACCCCAGGCUGCCACCGAGUCAUGGAGGACGUACUUCCAAAUAAAAAGUGUUGUUGGAAACA